AUGGAGACUGAAAGAAGAGGAGAAUACGAGAAUCAUAACAUUGCGUCGUUCGAGACAAUUAGACAAUUGGUCAAAUCACAGAGAAUUAUUCGUGAGAGAUUGAGAAAAUAUGACGGAGCACCACACGUUGGGAGAAUCAGGGUGGGAAGCGGAGAACACAAGACAAUUGAAUACACGAAGAAACCGCUGUUUCCCAUAGAGGAUCCCGAAAGUCCGUUUAUCGAAAACAACAUGUGUACUCCGACAACCGAAUAUGCGCGUAAAGAAAUGUUUUUAUCGACGUAUCCCCGGACGGUGCCAUCGCUGGCAAUGAUAUCAUCAAAUUCCUCCUCGUCCAAGAGCACGCCGUUGGGUUUACCGAUAACGACCAAGUCACCACCGUCAAUAUCACAACCGCAUAAUCCAUUAGCGUUGCUGCCAAAAUCUUUAUCAUAUCCCCAUAAUUCACUAGCACCGAUGGCAAAAUUUUCAUCACAUGCCCAUAAUUCACUUACAUCGUUGCCAAAAUCCCCAUCGCCGCUCCCUGAGUCAACAUCAUUGGCUAAACCUACCCUAUCACACCACGUAAAGCCAUCUUGCUUACGAGCAACUCCGUCAAUAGUCAAGAGCAAUUCUGUGUCUUCCCAGCAAUCUGUCUUUGCAAAUCUGCGUGCUCAACGCCAAUCACCUUUUCCGCUUCAUGAUAAGGUCCAAGAUUGGCUCGCUUCUCUUCCUCAAACGUUCCCGGCUCCCGACGCAAAGUCCGAAGCGGAUGAUGAUGCCUCACCAGACGGCAUACCGUCGGAUGGAUAUUCAGGUUCCGCAGAAGCUUCACAGAAUGAAGCUGAUACUGGGAAUGCGCGAACACUGAGUGAUCUAGUUGCCCAUAUCCAAGCAAAAAGUACAGCCACAGAUCAAGAGGAUGACCCGACAGACCGGCAGCGUCAUCAGCAAGACCUGGAUAUUGUCCACAAUGCCGUCAACGACUUUCGUGCGCGUGAAGAGACAUUGAACAAAAAGCAAAAGAAAAUCGAAGACCUUCUUAGAUCUGUUUCUGGAAAGGGCAAGUCAAAAGAUAAGAUUUCUAUAAUAUGUCAGUCAGGUGAUAAGCCCGCCUUAUCGCAGUCAAAAAGUAUCGAUUCGCUAUCCAAUGAAUUAGCUGCAGCUUUGGAGGCAUUACAAAACGUCGAAAAGUUCCUGUCUAAUAAGGAGAAAAGGUUGAACGAGACAUGGGAUCUUGCAAAGCAAAUGCUCAACAGGCGGUCAGAUAUGGUUGCGUGGGAGGAAAGGUUAAGGAAAAACCAAGAAAUUGUUAAUAAGAUGAUUGAAAGGAAAAAGACUGAAGAGAACAAUAUGACUGCUGGCAACGAUGACAAUGGUGGCGAUGAUUGUGAGGAUGACGCGACAAAGGGAAAAGACGCAAGUUACUACAAUAACAGCGCGUCAUCAUCUCGGUCAUCCUCUUCUCCAUACCAUUCGGCUCAAGAAAAUUUUAUUUAA